AUGACAUCACGCCUUCUAUUCACGAACCAGGCGGGUGGAAUAGCAUGGCGGGCGAUACAGUUGGUUAUUGUAAUGCUGUGCGGAUACUGUGCCUGGGUGGCAGUGGCGAUGAGCACCUCGGAAUCCGCCGUUAUCAAUCCGCAUGCACCGGUCUCAGCCAGCACGCGCAAAUCCACUCGUGGAAGCCACCCUGCUGCGUAUAUACGCCAUGCAGGCAGUGACGCCAUGCCGGUACACUUCAGCAUGGGCGAUAUGCGUGUUAGGAGGCUGUGGAUGAUGGACGACUACGCCGGAGACAAUUACGGGUACAACGAAUACAGGGGAACCGGCCGGAGGUAUCAUACCAGAGGUGAUAGGAGAAGGCUGGGGAGGUUUGAACAAACCUUCCGGCAGUUGAGGCCUGAGAGCCGCCCUUGGGUGACGGAGGACUUCGGUGGGAUCCCCAAGUUACCCCUGAGGACCCCAAUCGAGAUGGGGAGAGACCCAGUAAUCGACGAAUUCCUCGAGAUGCGAAAGAGGCAGGUGCCUCACUCCCUACUGAAGGACUACUAUAUGCAGAGGCUGGAUGGGUCCGACGAGGAAGAGGGUAACGGAGACCACCCCCGGCGCAUAUUCCGACGCAAUUACGAGGACUAUUAUCUCUACCUGCUGGGAGAGGGCAUCAUGCCACAGCUACAAUCGGACGACGAGGGUGAACGUCACAGCGAAACACGCCACGAUGCAGAAGGCGGGUCCGCUGAGGAAUACACCGGUGAAAUCACGCCUGACGAGCCCCGUGAGUACGAACGCCAACGUGACCGGCUGACCAGAAAUGAGGAGUACAUCAAGAUGGCGCGCGAAAGGCAAGGCUCAUACAGCCACAAGGACAAGAUUUUCCAGUUUCUUUUAGCGGCGAUGAAGGACUACGAGCGCGCCAACGUGAACUCGGAGCCGCCGGAAGACAUCCCCGAAAACCUGGAGAUAAUGGACCCGCAACUCGAGGACUACUUCCUAACAGACUGCUACGGGUCACCCAUAUACAUCGCACAGUGGAAUGAGGAAUACCUAAAGGGGCGUGAGGGGCUGGAGGGCAAAGCGCUGAUCGAUUACGACAACAUGUGGUACGAACGCAUCGAUAGGCUGAACAGCCACUUCGACCACCUGCACACUGACGACACCCCGGGCGACGUUCUGAAGUCGUACUUCGUUGAUGCGGACGCCGGCGACAUCCCGAUCAGGCGGUCGAAAAGCGGCCACCGCAAACCACCCCGCGUGGUCAUUGCCGGCAAGGCACUUAAAAUGAAGUGGUCCGAACAUCUUUCCCCAUCAAUUCUGGAACUCUUGGCAAAGAACAGUCUGAGAAGGCAUCGCGAUAAAGACGAGCAGGCGAGGAAAAGGCGCAUGCUCGAUUUCAAAGCUGACAUCUUCAAUGCGUGUGUCAAUGCGUCGAUGAAUCGGCUGGUGCACGAGCGCGGUCUACGCCAGGACGAAGAGGACCGUCUGAAGUACAUCCAGCACCUGCACGAUAGGAGAAAGGUGCAUAACGACAGAUUUGGGUGCCAACCGAACACGCCGUAUUGGAUCUGGGAAGAGUUCUGGAAGGACAGGUCGAGCAUUCUUCAGGAUACCAUGGUGGAGAUUCUGCGCAGCGUUAGGUGUGUGGAGCCCGACGCGGACGUGGCGGAAUUGACCAAGGGCACCGUGGAGCACAUCAAAUCGCCCAAGCUGCAGGGCACUCGGUUCGAGGUGCCCAUGAUGCUUGACCCCGACUCGUCGCCGAAGGUGGACCGGCUUGAGGCGUACAUAAAGCGAUUUGGAAGGCGCAGUGACGCUUCCACCUCCUCACCACCCGAGGCGUCUACGGCGCCAUCAGAGGGUUCACCCAGAUCCAUAGGCACGCCGUCAAAAAUCGACGAUGGAUCAACCUCGGGGCAAAAGCGUAGUGAAAUCGAUGGGCUACCGGUGCCCAAACCACUUGGGUACUACUUCCGCGACGUCCUAUCCUUCGACAAGUUCGAGGAGGAAUACGAGAAGUUCAACAUGGAGUGCUUCGGGACCAAGGACUACGGUGUCAGCGUGGGCCAGCUGGUAAAGGGCACGGUGGAGGACGUGAAGCCGAAGCGGCUGCUGGUGGAUAUCCACACCUCCAAGCUGGCGGUCAUGCGGUUGGUCGACCACUUCAACAGCCCGCAAGAGGUGCCCUCCGGGGGCUUCACCUCCGUUUUCAAAAAGGGCGACGUCAUGUACUUCGAGGUCAUCUCCAAGUACGGCAACGACAUCAACGUGUCGACGCUCCACGUGCAAGAAAUGUACAAGCACAGGGAAAUCUAUCGCAAACACUUCAAGCGGGAGAUCUUCAAAGUCAGAGCCAUUCAGAGGUACUCGUCGGGCCUCCUGGUGCAGUACCAGGGCGACGAUGUGGAGGACAUCGAGGACUACCAAAUGCCGGACGAACCCCGCCGUUUGGAGAACCUGGCGUUCAUACCGUACCGAGAGCUGGAUCGAACGCAUCGCAGUGAAGUCCAGCGCAUAAAGUUGGGCAUUGUGGGCAAGGUGCUGCCGGUCUACAUUGCGGACUGGGCGGUCUGCGACGGAGUGCCGCUUGUCUCCAACAUCGAGGCGCUGCGCAGGCUACCGCUUGGCCAAAUACAGCCCGGUGACAUAAUACGCGCUAAGCGGUGCAUGUACGGAAAGGACGCCGUCUGGGUGCACUUCGGGCACACUAUAGGGACGCUGUCCGUCAUGGACAUGAGCAAGGAAGACUACGCCAAGCACGUUCGCGGCGACACGGAGAGCAUUGUCGCCGCCGUCCGGGACGUACACCUGUUGGCCGGCUCCAUGGAGCUGUACACGAAAGGUGCGAAGACGUCGGGCGUGGGAAUCGCCGUCAACGAGUGGAAGGAACGCAUGCGACUGGAUCCAGAUCCAAUAAAAUCGUUCAACGACGCAGUGGCAGCUAGGAUGCCAGACAUACUCAAGAGCAGCGUGCCCGGUCGCGUUAACCCCAAGAACGUGAAGCUCAACCCGAUCCACAGCGUCCCCAACAGGCGGAUUACCUUGUCGUCGACGCCGAGCCUACCACCAGGUAAAUCGGAAGCUGGAAUCAGCCGUUUCGAACCUAUACGCUGGGACUUCUCCCCCACUGCCUCGAAGCACAAGGACGAGGACGAGCUGCAGCAUGCGUACAACACGUUCACGUGGCAGGUGCUCACUGAGCACGGCUGGGCCGACCUCACUCCGGCGGAGCAGCGCGUGUUUAACCGCGCGCGGUUCCAGAACGAUGAGGUGGUGUACUACCAGCACGACGGGCGGUCGUACCGCGCGGACCUCCUCGACAUGGUUCGGCAGAACCUCACCGACCUGGUGGAGCAGCCGCUGAGGAACGACUGCUACGUGGCGCUCAACGAGAAGGAGAUGCGCGCCGUGCACGGCAUAAACCUGCCCAACUCCGACCCCGGGGUGAUGUGA